AUGAAAGUUCGGCUGCUGGACGUGAACCUGAUCAUUGUCGGCGACGGGCCACGUGCGGAGCUGCUGCUAGAACGGCGCCUGGCAGCUGGCGGCAGAGUGUGCCUCUUGCACACGAGCCAGCCCCCAAAGCCCCAGCAGAGCUGCUCAGCGGCAGCGGAGGCGGAGAAGACCGUGGAGGAGGAGGGUGCGCAGGAUCUGGAAGAUGAGCUGGAAGAAAACUUGGAGCCCAUGUUUCAUGAGGACUCCUUCAUCUGGGAUCCUCCAGAGCCUCAAACCGCGCCUUCUACAGCUGUGCGCUCACUGCAGCGCCGCUUUCGGUGCCGCCGUCGAGGACUGAUCCGCAUCGGCCCUGACAUCGUGGAUCUGGAGACCGGGCAGUGGUACGAGCUCAUGCGCGAUGGCCGGGGCCGGCCCACCGGCGUCCGCGUGCUGCAAAGCCAGCCGGGCGAGCCAAAUAAGCCCGGGCAAGUGACGGUGGUGUGGCAGAUGUCUGGAGGCGUGCUGCUGGCAGACAAUGCUGCACCGGGCAAUCGGAGCAAAAGCUGGCAACAGCUGCGUGGCUCCCUGGUCUGGGCACAAGCUGCUGAUGUGGAGGUGAUUGCUGAGGAUGCAAAACCAGCCAUGGUUAUGCAUCGUGGGAAUCCUGCUUACUGCACGGUAUACUUUGUUGUCUGCAUGAUCAUCUUUUACCUACCAUCGAUUCGCCUGGAGCCGGAACUCCAGCCUGGGCAGUUUGCAUGGUGGCGGGUCGUGACGACCCCUUGGAUUCUGGUGGUCUUGCCUCUGCAACUUCACCGGGCGAUUUCAGAGACAUAUUUGGGCUUUGAUCCAGGAAGGCGGGCUCUACCUGUGCGAGUCGCAGCAGUAGUUGCAUAUUGCUUGUGUCCCAUACCAGGGAUGUUCAUUUUGGGCGGCUACUACCAUGUCCCUUACUUCGUUGUUCUCCUGGUAAUGAUGGAGACUUGGACGCUUGUGGAGCUCUACUUGAUGCACAGCCUCUACAGGGAGAAUCAAGGCAGCAAGCCCUGUCAAAGCCCCCCGGAAACAGCUGCAAAGCCCAAGGACUUCAAGAAGCAGCUGCUGUUCACAUGCAUGUUGAACUGGUCGCGCAGUCUGAUCCAGGCCACCAUGUGGUUAAUUACCCUCGCCUAUGGACGGCUGGAGCCGUGGAACUCGUAUGCAGCAGGCCUGUUUCUGACCACUACCACCAGUACCGCAGAACUGACGUUCGUGGCUGCCUUGCAGGCGUUCUACGAUCGCCUGGUCUGGCGGCCACGUGCGGACCACACAGCAGAGCAGGCCGUGGUGGGGGAUCAGAUGGAGUAUUUCAGCGGCCUUUUGGCAUUUGCCCAUGGGAUUUGUGAGUCCGUGCGCUUGACCAAUCUGCUGGCGACGGCAAUCCUCAGCAACGAUUGGAGGUGGAGUUGGCUGGGGACCGUUGCGAUGAUCUUCGUGGGCAACGUUAGUCAGCGCUAUGGACUCCACACCUACGUGUUCACGUUGUUGCUGCCUAAGCGCUUCUUGCAUUUGGUGCGACCUGGCUGUGUUGCAAUGAUGCACCGACAUGCAAGGUUCCAUGCCGGCUACUACCGUUUCUUGGGCGUUCUCGGCUUCAUUGCAGUGAAUGCCAUUGGUCAACAACUUAUCCCGGCGAGGACCACUAAGCUUCUAUUCAAUGAGCAGGCACUGAUCUUGGCCGGGGUGCUGUUCGUCUUCGAGCUGCUGGAAGAUGCGGUGGUAGCUCUGAACUUCCUGCCUCUGGACCCAUGGAGGAGCCGCAUGUCGGAGCACUAUGCAAAGCUCCACUCGCUUCAUAUCAAGCAGCUGCUUUGCAAGGAUUCACGCGGCCUCUCCAACCGAACACCCCUGCGUCUGCAUGGGGCGCGCUACUUGACAAACGAUAAGAUUUGGCUGCUCUACGAGACCGGUGCCCUCAUGCUCAUGGUCUUCCUCUGGGUGCCACUAGGAAUCGGCUUUACCUUCGGAAUUUGUCCUGAGCCUAUCCCUCAAGAUCUGCGGGUAUUGGAUGCACUCGCCUGGACAACGCCAUGGCGAUGCAGCUGA